CUCUCUCUGCAGGGGGCCAGGAUGGUGGUGUCCACACGCUUCUUCACUGACUUCACCCCACAGGCCAGCUUUGACAUCAAGAAGUGUGAGCUGCACCGUCUGGAGGCGGGCCCCUCUGAGACAGCGGUGUUGACCAGAGAACAGGGCCUCCAGUACUACAGGACCAUGCAGACCAUGAGACGCAUGGAGCUGAAGGCUGACCAGCUGUACAAGCAGAAGAUCAUCAGAGGCUUCUGCCACCUCUACGACGGACAGGAGGCGUGUGCGAUGGGCAUCGAGGCGGGCAUCAACCCAACAGACCACCUGAUCACAGCGUACCGCGCCCACGGCUACACCUUCACACGGGGUGUGUCCGUUAGAGAGAUCAUGGCUGAACUCACAGGUCGAAGAGGAGGUGUGGCCAAGGGUAAAGGUGGUUCUAUGCACAUGUACGCUAAACACUUCUAUGGAGGGAAUGGAAUCGUGGGGGCUCAGGUUCCAUUGGGUGCUGGUGUGGCCCUAGCCUGUCAGUACCAGGGCAACAACCAGGUGUGCGUGGCGCUGUACGGAGACGGAGCAGCCAACCAGGGCCAGAUCUUUGAGUCUUUCAACAUGGCGGCUCUGUGGAAGCUGCCGUGUAUCUUCAUCUGUGAGAACAACAAGUUUGGCAUGGGGACGUCUGUAGAGAGAUCCUCCGCUAGCACUGAGUACUUCAAGAGAGGAGACUAUAUACCUGGAAUCAAGGUGGAUGGCAUGGACGUGCUGUGUGUGAGGGAGGCCAUCAAGUUUGCUGCAGACUACUGCAGAGCCGGGAAGGGUCCUAUUGUGAUGGAGCUGGAGACCUACCGUUACCAUGGACACAGUAUGAGCGACCCCGGCGUUAGCUACCGUUCACGUGAGGAGAUCCAGGAAGUGCGCAGUAAGAGUGACCCCAUCACCAUGCUGAAGGAACGCAUGCUGUCCAACAACAUGGCUUCUGUGGAGGAGAUCAAGGAGAUAGAUGUAGAGAUCAGGAAGGUGAUCGAGGACGCGGCCCAGUUUGCCAUCUCUGACCCUGAGCCACCAUUGGACGAGCUCUGUAACCACAUCUUUGCCAACGAUUUGCCCAUGGAGGUCCGCGGGACCAACCCCUGGGUCAAACUGAAGUCUGUCAGCUAG